AUGGAAGGGUCUAAAGCUACAGUGACUGAUUUGAGCGAGAAAGAAGAGGAGGAGAUCCUCCACAUACUCCAAGAAGAAGCGAAUAAAGGAAAGGGAUCGUAUAGAAUUCCUAAUGCUGAUUUGGAGGCUACCCUACACAAAGCAUGCGAGAAAGGAUGGGCUGAAGUUACCAGACUACUACUGGAGGGGCACUCACUGGACCCCAACGCACUGGACUACAGGAGAACAAACCUCAGACCACUCCACCUUGCAGCACGAGGUGGACACGAGGAACUGGUCGAGUAUCUGAUCAGUAAAGGGGCUAGGGUCGAUGGUGAGGAUUUUAACGGAAGCACUGCACUCCAUCACUCAAUGAGAGAAGGAGAGUGGAGCAUAUCAGAGAGACUAGUGAGCACUCAUGAUGCUAAUCUACUCAAAUGUAAUGGAUCCGGUGAAGUACCACUGCUACUGGGACUGAAUAGAGCUCUCAUGGAGGAGGAAGAGGAGAAAGGGAAGGAAGCAUUUCAUUCGCUCCUAGUGAUGUAUGAUAGGAUCGCUUUACCUUGCAGCAUACAAUAUAGAAUCAUUAAAUCAGUCUAUGAGAAGGAAUGGAAGGAAGAGCUGCUCUACCUUCUACAAAUAGACGAAAAGAAAUCGAAAGGAAAGACAGUGAGACAUUCUCCGCUCCUCUUAACAGUAGCGACCAGUGGAGACGAAAACGUGUGUGAUUUUCUAUUAGAAAACAAUGCAGAUUAUACCAUCACUGACGAGCAUGGUAAUACUGCACUACACCAUGCCAUUUCUAAUGGAUACUUUAACUGUGUUAAAGUAUUGCUACAAAAAGCACCAGCUCUUCUGAGCGUUUGUAACAAUAGAGAAGAAGGAGUCAUCAGAUUUGCUGUGUGGACCAGAAGCCAUGAAAUGGUACUGAUGCUAGUAGAGGCUGGGGCUAAGGUCGAUCAAGAGGAUGUCAAAGGUGAGACUCCAUUACUGUCAGCAAUAAGGCAAGACUCUCGAGGCAUAGCAGAGUAUCUCGUGAAAGACCUUCAAUGUGACGUGUUUAAGUGCAACAAGAAUGGGGUCUCGCUUCUCUCCUCUGAAUUAAUGGAUGUGCUCCAAUCCAGGAACACCAAUAAAGCACUAUGGCUACUUUCGCUUGCUCCUGUUACUGCAAAGUCUUUAUCUAAGGACUGCCUCUACUUAGCAUGUCAGCAAGGAAUGAUGGACGUUAUAGAUGUCCUCCUUCAGGCCUGUCAUUGCGAUCCAUUUCAAGUAAGUCCUGUUACUGGACUUACUCCUUACCAUGCUGCUAUCAAGGAGAAGAGUGUGCCUGUACUACAACGCCUCCUGGCAUACAAGACUUGUCCUUUAUCACUAGCUGCUGCUAAUGGAGUAACGGUAGCAGAAAUGGCUAAGAAUUGUCCCGGAGCAGCAAAAGUGCUUGAGUUGGGACGGAAAAAGGAUUUAUCGUUUGCUCAAAAAGUCGUUAAAGUUUUUGUCCUCGGGGAGGAUGGGGUUGGAAAGAGCUCACUUGCUCAUGCUGUGAAAGUUAGCAACAAAGGGCUAGGAGGAAGGAGGGGUACGAUCAGGAAGCGUGAGCCAUCACUCGGGAUUAAAGUGAGGAAGGUUGAUCUUGCUGAAGCAGGCCCAGUACUAUUAUAUGACUGUUCCUUCUAG